AUGUCCUUGAGAGAAGUAACUAAUUAUGAAGUCUCGUUUUACAUCCCGUUGUCUUACAGCAACAGGACUCAUAAAGUUUGUAAACUGCCAAACGGAAUUUUAGCAUUAAUAAUAUCGGAUCCAACAGAUACUUCAAGCUCAUGCUCACUGACUGUUUGCACAGGUUCCCAUAACGAUCCAAAGGAUAUUGCCGGUUUGGCGCACCUUUGUGAGCACAUGAUUCUUUCUGCCGGUUCCAAAAAAUACCCUGAUCCUGGUUUAUUCCACACACUAAUCGCAAAAAACAACGGCUCUCAAAAUGCCUUUACCACAGGGGAGCAAACGACUUUUUAUUUUGAAUUGCCCAAUACUCAAAAUAACGGCGAAUUUACAUUUGAAUCUAUCUUAGAUGUGUUUGCCUCAUUCUUCAAAGAACCGCUCUUCAACCCUUUACUGAUAAGCAAGGAGAUAUAUGCAAUACAAAGUGAGCAUGAGGGAAACAUAUCAUCAACCACAAAAAUAUUCUACCACGCAGCAAGAAUAUUGGCCAAUCCCGACCAUCCUUUCAGUCGCUUUUCCACUGGGAACAUACACUCGUUAUCUAGCAUUCCACAACUGAAAAAAAUAAAACUAAAGAGCUCAUUAAACACUUACUUCGAAAAUAAUUUUUUUGGGGAGAAUAUAACCUUGUGCAUAAGGGGACCGCAGUCUGUUAAUAUUCUUACGAAACUAGCUCUAUCAAAAUUUGGCGAUAUAAAACCCAAAAGCGCUGUAAAGGAAAGGAGUAUAUCGAUUAGGACGAGGUCAUUUCGAAGAUCGAAGUCUUUAAAAAAACGCCAAGAUUCUUCCAAAAACGACUACAGUGACUUGAAAACCUUUAAAAUACUGAACACAACGUGGGAAAAAAAAUACAAAAAUACGAUGUGUUUUCAACAAUUUCCUGAAUGCAAUUCGAUAUUUAUCAAUUCAAAUAAGGUACCUAUAAUGAGACUUCUCUUUCCUGUUAGCGAUAAAAACACUCGGUUUACAAAGGAUGACAUUAAAAUAUACAGUCAUCUUUGGUGUGAACUUUUCGGCGAUGAGUCUCCAGGAUCUUUGAGCUAUUACUUAGCUUCAAAAGGCUGGCUCACAGGCUGUUUUGCCUUUACCUCAGAAUUCGCUAUUGGUGACAUAGGAUUAAUUUUGGAAUUAGAACUGACAAACAGUGGCUGGGAAAAUAUUAAGAGAAUUACGACAAUAGUACUUAAUAGACUCUUGCCUUCCUUUUACGUAAUGAACAUCGAUUACUUAAUCACUUUUUUGAAAGAACAGAAUUUGAUCGACCUCGUUAGCUUUCUGUACCAAAGUUCAGAGGAUCUUCCAAUGGAAGAGUGCUCAAAAUUAAGCGGUAUUCUUCAGGACGAUUUAGAAUGUUUAACCCCCCCUAAUAUAUUCAAAGGAUUUAAAUCUCUUAUAGAAAUAGAUGAUCCCAACAUCGAAAAAUAUGAAAACACAAAGGCCAAUAUACAAUGGUGGACAGGGCAAGCUAUUAAGUUCCAAAAUUUUUUAAAAUCUUUCAUGAAUCAUGACAACAUGCGCCUUUUACUCUUAGGGAAUAUAAAAUCUGGUAAUAUAUUUGAUAAAAUGAAAAAUAAAAGUGAUAUAUGCACCGAUUUUUUCUAUGAAUUUGAGUAUUAUACGGCAAACGUUCAUCUAGCAAGUGAUAAUAAAUUUCAUUCAAACAGCUCGUAUGAAUUUAAUUUUCCCACAGGUAAUCUUUUUUUACCAGAUUGCGUCAGCGAUCCUUUAAAACUACAACAGCUCUUCUUAGAAUGCUCGUUAAAAUCGAAAUUUGCUACGCUUAGACCUCAAAUUUAUAGUGAGCCCACUAGGACAAAGCCUCAAUUAGUCAGUGAGAACCAGAAUUAUGAGAUGUGGAUCUUAAAAGAAGACCCAAAUUUUGCCUCAGACAAUAAAUCCGUCGUAUCAUUUGAAGUUUUGGGGUUAGGCAUCAAACCUAGUCCGGAGGCAACAAUCCACCUGGAAGUACUAGCACAGGCAUUAUUUAUCAUCACCUCUUCAUUCCUUUAUCCCGCUCUGAGAAUUGGUUACACAUAUGAGAUUGCCUCAUCUAGUAAGGGCAACGUAACACUGCGAUUUACUAUUUCUGGAUUCCCUGAGGGUGUUUUCACAAUAGUAAAGACGUUCGUGGAUACGCUAAAACUUAUUGCAACAGAUCCAACGUUUCUUUCUAAAGAUACCUUGAGAAAGGCAAGGAUUUUAGUUAGAAAUAAAUACAAGAACGCGUCAUCGGACAACUGCGUGAAGCUAGCUAGCGUUGGAUUGCUGAUUGUUUUAGAGAAAUAUAUAUGGACUUUAGAGGAUAGAAUUAAUGCAUUAGAGCUUACCGAGUUGGAAUCCUUCGAAAAAUUUUGUUUUUUAUUCUGGAGGAAUCCUAAACAUUUGGUCUUGUUCAUGCAGGGAAGCCUUGAAUAUGCUGACGCAAUCAACCGUUACUUAAAUAACAAUUUUACGCAGCACCUAAAAAUCAGCAAUGAAGGGAGCAAACCGACCAUACGUCUCUACCCUCCUCCCAGUACAAAAGAUCUAGAUCAAGGCACAAAUGCCUUUAUAUCAUAUAAUGGUCACCAGGAUGAUCCCAACAAUAGUAUUGUGUAUUUUAUUCAGACUGCACAAAGAGAUGACAUCAAAAAUCUGACACUAACCUUUCUUACCGAAUAUCUAUUUUCACUAACGCUAGUGCCUGAUCUAAGAAAUAAAAAGCAAAUUGGGUACAUUGUUUUGGGAGGACUCAGGGUUUUAACAGACACUGUUGGGAUUCAUAUAACCGUAAUGUCUGGCAGCUCGGGGCACAAUCUGGAAACUAGGAUCAAUGAGUACUUAUCUUACUUGCAGCUGCAGGUGCUAAAUAGAUUCACCGAGUUUGAUUUUCGAAGGAUACUUCUAGAGCCGUUCUUAAAUCUUUUAAAACAGAACAGUACGAAACAGUUUGAAGGGUCGGCUGGUCCUGUAGACCUAUUAAAUGAGAUAGUGGCAAAUGUGCAAAAUGGUGAUAAUUACACUCUCAACAAUAAACAAAUGAGACAACAUAGGAAGGUAAGAAAUAAAAUUGCGGAAGGAAGGCUUAAUUUUCAAGAAGAUCAUGAAAUGAUUGAUAUCUCAUUUUUGCAAAAAUUAACUCUAAAGAAAUAUUUAGCAUUCUUCGAGUCCAAAAUCUCUAUAUAUUCCGCUCAAAGAAGUAAGCUAUCAAUAAUGAUCACAAGUCCAAUGGCAGAGAAGGAAAUUGCAAGCAGGAAAAUGUUCCUUCAGCUAGAGGCCUUUCUGAAAAUAAACGGAUUCGCCAUAAAAAAUGAAGACUUGAAGAAAAUUGUCGAACAUUCAAAGGGAAAUCCUAUUUUACUUGUAAAGAACCUUUUUACUUAUUUUCGUAGGAGAAAUGAAGUUUUCAAGCUCGGAACCGUUGUAUUGCAGGAAAUAUUGAAAAUCAUCGGAAUGAAUCUUAAGCAGAGAUACGGCUCUAUAUUAGGGUUUUCUUCCCAAGAUGGUGAAGGACAAGAAAUAGAAAAAUUUUGGAACAACGACACAAGUCCGAUUGUUCCUCUUCAGGAGCUUCCUGAACCAAACUUUUUCCGCAAGGCCGCAUUUUGA